CUCAAAAAUGCUCCCUCGUAACCUUCGUCGUGCCGUCCCCGCUCCCUCUGCAUUGCGCGCAGCCGCACAUGCACAGCGCCUGGGCCAUGCGUCACCUUUCCGGAUACACUCUGCCCUCUCCUCCGCAACUGUGUCUGUGUCUUCUUCCCAGGGGUUCCAUUCGUCUGCACACAGGAAGAACGAGCUUCCAAAAUCGCCUUUUCAAACGUUUGUGGACGUGUUGAAGGACGAAUUGAGGAAGAAUAGAGAGCUGCAGGACAACGUAAAGCAGCUUCAGGGUGAUGUGGACAAGUUCCAGGACUCGGAGGCCAUGAAGAAGGCGAAGGCGGCAUAUGAGCGGGCUCGGUUGACGUCGAGCAUAAAAGAGAACCCACGGUUGCGUGCGGCAGCUGAGGACUUGCGAAAGCGUGGUGUCAAGGUCGGAGACGCCGUUGGAGAGGCGUUGAAGUCUAUGGAAGAAAGCGAUCUUGCUCGUGCGAUUUCCCGGGCAUCUGCGGCCGUCUCCUCCACCAUCGCGUCGACAACAGAGCCCAUCCGAAACACAGCAGCGUACAAAGUACUUGCUGACACUGUUAUAGAUGCGCUCGAUGAUUCGGGCACUGCGAAACAUGCCGGCUUUGAGGAGAAGGAGGCGAGGCGGAAGAGGCGGCAACUUCGUCUCGCCAAAGCUGGUAAGGAGGGUCGGAUGAAACAGCGUGUCUCCGCAAAUGCCGAAGCAGGCUCAGCCCUUGUCCUCCACGCCUCCUCCCCUCGACAGGAGCGAUGGCAGAAGCUCAAAGAGACGAAUCCUAUCCUGCGAUAUUUCGGCGAGCUCAAUCAGUCGUAUCAAGAGUCGGAAAACCCAGCAAUUAUAUCUUUACGCUCCGUCACGUCGACCAUUGGGUCAUGGUUCGACGAGAACGAGACAGCUCAAGUUAUGCGUAUGAUGAAGGCAUUAGACCCGACAUUCAGCAUGGAAUCAUUCGAAAGAGAGCUACGAGAAUACAUUGUGCCGGAGGUUGUUGACGCGUUUUUGAGUGCAGAUCGAGAAUCUCUAGGAGCGUGGUGUAGUGAAGCGACAUAUAAUGUGCUCUGGGCCACAAUGGAACAGUACCUUCGCCAAGGGCUCAUAUCCGAUUCGAAGGUGCUGGACAUUCGCCAAGUCGACGUGUCCGCUGGCAAGAUCCUAGAGAACAAUAUCCCCGUGUUUGUGGUUACGUUCGCGACGCAGGAGGUGAUGCUGUUCAGGAAUGCGAAGACACGAGAAAUUGUGGUGGGUGCAGAGAACAAAGUGGAGCAGUGUCAUUAUGCAGCCGUCAUCACGAGGGUGGAGGAGGGCCUAGACGAUGAGUUGACUGGCGGAUGGAAAGUUGUGGAGAUGGCGAGGCGUUCGGCGCGGGCAUAUCUCUAGGCUACGCAACCAACGAUGAUCUUGUGUGAUCCGGAUAUAACGUCCUUCGAUCUUUAAAAGUUUUCGCUCAAAUC